AUGCCUCGCAAGAAGGCACCCACUCCUGAAGGAAACACGGACUCGGAUACCGAUAACCAGGCCUCGCAAUCCAGAGAAUCGGCAGUGAUGGCCGCCAUCUUGGCCAAACACGGGAAAAUCAGAACCAGGCGUGCUGAGAUACGAAAGCAAAUCGAGCAAGACUACAUGCAGGGUAUCACUGAUCUGAGGGCACGCGUCGCAAAGCACUACGAGACUGAGUCAGCCAAGCGUUCUGAAAUCUUGUCGAAGCAGCUGGAUCAGCUUUCCAAGGCGAUCGAGAAGAAGGCAGAAUGUGAGGUUGCGAUCUUGAAACUUAUGGAUUCGCUUGCAGAUGAGGGUUCGGUCCUCUCCAUGCUCAUGAGCGCGGUCCAUUCUGGACGACGUGAUGCCGUCAACGCUGCUGCUACUUCCUACGGUCAAGGAGGAGGCACAUGA